AAGUGCACGAAUAUCCAAAGUCGUAAUAUCUAUUUGUUGCAAGUUAAUUAUGGCAAACGUGAUAGAAACACUUGUGGCCACCUCACCAAUUAAAAGUACACCUGAAAAAUUUUACAACUUCUUUAAAUAUGACAUAAACGACCUCGUCAAGGUAUUUCCGGCCUGCUUUAAAGGAGUUCAGGUGCUCGAAGGUGAAGAAGCGACUGUCGGUUGUGUCAAGCUCUGGAGCUAUGUUCUUGGUGGAAUUCCAAUGACCGCGAAGGAGAGGAUAGAAGCCAUAAAUGAUGCUGAAAAAUCCCUCACAAUCGCCGUAAUCGGUGGAGAUCUUAUGAGGUUAUACAAAAGCUUCAGUUUCACACUCAACGCCAGUGAGGGCUUGGCCAAGUGGACCUUUGCCUUUGAGAAACUUACGAUUUUAACCCCACCUCCUGAGCUUUAUAUUCCAUUGGCAAUCACUAUUACUACACUUGUGGAUGCUUUUCUUCUCAUCAACUAAAAACAAAGCCAAACACCAUGUCAGUGUAUAUAAUGAUGUUCAUAUACUCACAGUGUCUUUGUGGAACUCACAUAAUAAAAUAUUUGAGUGGGUCCAACCUUUGAGUAUAUUUCAUCUUUAUAUAUACUCUAAAUUAUAUAUUUUUGUACGUGUAAAUUGUGAAUAAAGCCGUGUUUGCAGCGUGCUUGGCUACCGUUUGUUUGGAUUGCCAAUUUUCUUGUGGGAUGAAUGUGAAAUUAAUAAUGGUGCGGUGAAGAUUUCAUACUACGGAAUAAAGCCCUCUACUUAAUAGGGGGCGUGCCCCUUGUGUUUACAUGUGUUUUUGUACUCAGUUCAACACAUUCCACCUAUUUCGUGGACUAAAAUAUUUUUAUGUUUGUUUGUAUUAAUACUAGUAAAGUGUACGUGCAAUACACGUGAUAAAUGAUUUCUAUUUCUUUGGUUUUUAAAUUAUA